AGUUUACUCUUAUUUGAUAAAUCAGAGAGACCAAUGGAGCCUGCUGGAGUACCUAGUCAGAUUAGCAAAGAUAACUUUUUAGAAGUUCCUAAUCUGUCUGAUUCUGUGUGUGAGGAUGAAGAAGUUAAAGCGACCUUCAAGCCUGGCUUCUCCCCUCAGCCAAGCAGACGGGGGUCAGGAUCUUCUGAAGACCUGUAUCUGGAUACUCCAACCUCAGCUUCCCGGAGAGUUUCUUUUGCUGACAGCCUUGGAUUCAGUCUUGUGUCAGUUAAAGAAUUUGAUUGCUGGGAAUUACCAAGUGUUUCAACUGAUUUUGACUUAAGUGGGGAUGUUUUCCACGCAGAUGAAUAUGUUUUAUCUCCACUAUUUGACUUGCCUUCUUCAAAAGAAAAGCUUAUGGAACAACUUCAAGUCCAGAAAGCAGUGCUGGAGUCUACUGAACACCUUCCUGGGUCAACAAGUGUGAAGGGCAUUAUUCGAGUUCUGAACAUUUCUUUUGAGAAGUUAGUGUAUGUGCGCAUGUCUUUGGAUGACUGGCAGACACAUUAUGACAUUUUAGCAGAAUAUGUUCCUAAUUCAUGUGAUGGUGAAACUGACCAGUUCUCUUUUAAGAUUUCAUUGGUUCCACCUUAUCAAAAAGAUGGCGGUAAAGUGGAGUUUUGUAUACGCUAUGAAACUUCUGCUGGUACAUUUUGGUCAAAUAAUAAUGGCACAAAUUAUAUAUUUGUUUGUCAAAAGAAAAAGAAAGAUCCAGAGCCUGCAAAGCCAUUGGAAGAAGCUCCUAGUAGACAAAUAAAAGGCUGCUUAAAGGUAAAAUCAAGCAGUAAAGAAGAACCACUGCUAACACCAGAAGAAAAUAAACUUGAGACUUUAAAGUUCACAGAGUCCUACAUCCCAACAAUCAUUUGUUCUCAUGAUGACAAGGAUGACUUGGGAGCCAAUCAUCAAAAUGUAAAAGAUAUCAACAAGAAGCAUGACGAACAUAAUGAAAAAGAAUUAGACUUGGUGAUAAACCAACGGUUAAUAGCUUCCCAGGAUGAAAAGAAUAUAUUUUCAACAGAUGCAGUCAAUCUCACAAAUAAAGCUGAGGGGUUAGAGAAGACACAAGCUUCCAAUGAAAUCCACACUGACUUGUUCAGACGGCCUUUGUCUCCAAGUUUAUCAGCAGAAAGUUCCUUAAAGAGAGAUUUCUACCACAGCAGAAAUUAUUCCCCAAGAAAUGAAUAUGGUCAUACACCUUCAGAGGAAAUUAUUUCAGAUGUGGGGGAUAUAGGGCCAUCACUGGGAGAUACUAGUUCUGAGUUAACUCACUUCGAACUCUGCGGCAAAGAAGACCUGGAUGAUAAUGCCAACCCAGCCCAUGGGAGUGGAAGAGUGUGUUCUUCCUCUGAUCAACUAAUGGCGUGUAGUCUUAAGAAUAAAGAAGCAGGAAUCAAGAAGACUGGGAUAAAAGAUUAUAAAUAUUCCCAUGGAGAGUCUUAUUUAGAGGCAUCCACAAAUUUGGAAGAAUCACAUGCAUCUUCCAAAGAUAAUUAUGCCAAAGUUGAUGAUAAAAAGGAAAAGCAAACAGGCUUAGGUGUUAAUGAAAACCCAAGCAAGAAUUUUCAGUCAAUAUUCCAGAACCAAGAGGGACAAAUGGUGUACCCAAAAAUAAGCAUUGAAGGGGCUAAAGCUAAUCACCAAGAUUUGACAACUCUACUAAGCAAAGAUACUACAACUAACACCUGGGCAGUACCAGUACAUCCCCCUCCUUCCACAAAUACAAAAGUGAAUUGGAGAGAAGUUGGAAAUGGUACCAAUUUAGAACCAAGAACUACGGAUCUUGGUUCUCCUAGGGAUUUCAGUCUUUUGACUGAUGAUUAUCUCUUUCAAGCUGACAGGGAAAAAUCAGACUCUAGUAAUAGUGAAGAUCAGGAUAUGAACACACAGCAUAAGAAAAAUUGGAAUGAUCUGGAAAGUCAGCCAGAAACAAGAGAGACUGAAACAAAUAUAACCAAGCAUACCAAAGAAGAAUCAGAGUAUAAAGACAUGUGGGAAAAAAGAGAUAACAGUAGGAGUCUGAAAGCUACUCCUACAGAACAAUUGUUUACCUGCCAAGAGACAGAAUGCUAUGAAAUGUCUUCUCUAGCUGAUCAUGCUAUUACUGAGAAAGCACAAGCAGUUACAGCUUAUAUAAUUAAGACAACAUUAGAAAGUACUCCAGAAAGCGCGUCUGCUAGAGGAAAAGCAAUAAUUGCUAAGCUACCUCAAGAGACAGCACGAAAUGACAGGCCCAUCGAGGUAAAAGAAACAGCGUUUGAUCCACAUGAAGGGAGGAAGGAUGAUUCACAUUAUUCCCUUUGUCAUGGAGAUACAGCAGAUGUAAUCCAUGACAAUGAUUUUGAAAGGGAGUCACAUUUAGAUAUUUGUAACGUACGUGUAGAUGAAACGGAGAAGGAGAAAACCACAUCUACGUGUUCUCCUCGGAAGACAUAUGACAAGGAGAAACAUGGAAUUGGAAGUGUAACGUCUAUAGACGAACCUUCACAGGUCAUUACAGGCAAUCAAAAAGCUACGUCAAAACUGGAUUUACAUCUGGGAGUGCUAGCAACAGACAGAACAAUAUUCCCGGCAAACACAGAUCUUGAGCUGCUUCAAGAAUUAUCAAGGAGAACAGACUUCAAUGCUGUAAACUCUGCAUUUAACUCAGACACUGCCAGCACUUCUCAGGACAGCUCUCAAGUUUACAGACGCUGCUCUAAAAAAUCAGUACCUUCUCAUGGUGAAGAGAAAGCAGCUACUAACACAACGUUCCAGUCUAUUCCUACCAAAUCAGAAUAUAAUUGGCACCCAGAAAGUGAGAUCUUGGGCCAUGCCAUGUCUAAACCUGAAGAUGUUUUCAAAAGUUCAGAAAUAAUAAAACUAGGUAGUGGAGGAGGACGAGGCGUGGGUUCUGUUCUCCAACAAAAAGAAGGUAGCUUGGAAAACUCCCAGGGCCCGAUGAGUUUAAUUAAUGAGCCUCUUGAGAAUUUGAAUGAAGCAAGUUCUGAAAAUGAAGGGUUAAUGCGUUCUGGACAGUCACAGUGGUAUUUGAGUGACAAAGGAUCAGUGAGCUCUGCUUCUGCUACUGUCCCUGCCCAGGAACUCCAAGCUCAAGGCAGCGAGUCUCUGCUUUCAGUAUCCACCAACUCUAAAAUACCUUAUUUCCUUUUGUUCCUGAUAUUUCUUGCAACUGUCUACUACUAUGACUUAAUGAUAGGUUUGGCGUUCUACCUUUUUUCCUUGUACUGGUUGUACUGGGAAGGGGGGAAGCAAAGAGAGUCUGUCAAGAAAAAGUGAGCAUGGCACAGUUGCUAUUCUCUCUUGAAAGAUAAGCUAUUUAGUCCCAAACAUUUGGAAUGGCAGGAGAGACCAUUCACUGUUCAAAGAGUCAGUGCAGUUUUUCUCUUGAAGGAUCAUUUAAAAAGGAAUGCGUAUGAAGUUUGCUCCUUCAUAUAAGUAAUUAUUCUAUAUAGGACCAUUAUGCUUGGAUCAUUAAAUACCUAUAUGAAUAUGAGAUGUGAAGCACGUCAAGUUGGAAUUAGGUACAGCUGUUGCUCCUUAGCAGGCUGUGGAGUUGAAAUGCUUCAUGUCUCUUCACUAUUUAAAGUACUAUUGCCCACAUUCAUUUCUUUCACAGUAAAGCUUUAGAUAUUUUUUUCCCUGGGAGUACUUUCCUCCUGUGUUUUUAAAAAAAAAUAGAUAAAACAUGGACAAACACAGGGAUUUUUUUUCUUUUAGUCCCUAGAAUUAGCCAUGAAAUUUUCAUUUAGCAUUGUGUCUUUUAUCAGCACAUAUUGAUAGAUCAAAUAUUAAAAUUUCUAUUUAUACCCAUAUAUGUUGCAAUAUAAAAACUUAAACUGAAAAUAGGUAUUAUGUAUAUUCACAUAAUACUUCCUGUACAUAUCAUUGUAUCUCUUUGUACCUAUGAUGUCAGGGUUUUCAUAAAUCAAUUUUAAUUUUCUUUUUAUUUAGUUGAAUGGGUAGACUGUAACACAAAUGAACAAUUUUAAUGUUAAGUGUUAUCCAGGCAUGAAAAUUCUAACAUUCUAUAAUCAUUGUUUCAAGGUGACUUUGCACUUACUUUGCAGUUCUUAACCUGUGGGUUACAACCCCUUUGGAAGCCGCAUAUCAGGUAUUUAUGUUACCAUUCACAACAGUGAGCAUAAUUACAGUUAUGAAGUAUAAACAAAAUAAAUUUAUGGUUGGGGUCGCCACAGCAUGUGGGACUCUAUUAAAGGGUCACAACAUUAGGAAGGUUGAGAACCACUGCUAUAGAAAAUAAGGCUUUAAGUAAUAAUAUAAUAGAUGCUAAAAUGAUUUGUUCUUUCUGAUAGUUCCUUUGUUUUAGACUAGUUGUUAAUAUUUUCUCAUAGUAAGGAGAUGAAUUAUAUCCUAAGGUGAACUUACAGAACAAACUCCUUGUCUUUGGUGAUAAUAAUUAUAUGAUCUUUAGGUUAUGAGAUGAUCACUCAAAAUUGUGAACAGGCAAAAUAGGUAGAGUUGUAAGCAUACUUAAAAAGAAGUGAACAUAGAAUGGAGCAGUAAUUUUUGGCUACAGUAAUUAUAGGUAAAGGUAUGAAAUAAUGGAGCUUUUUUUAGUUAAGUCAAGAGUCAUACACAAUUUAUUUCAGCAAUAUUAUUGAUUAAUUGCAAUAUACAAAGGCCUGUGCUAUUCUGUGAUGGUCCUUUGAUAAACUAUAUAUAUAUAUAUAUAUAUAUAUAUAUAUAUAGUAAAAUAAUAUAUUUUUAACUGGCUUGGAGUACGAAAAAUGUCACAGAGAGGGAGCUUAUUGAAUCAUCAUCUUUCAUGGAAAGUUCUUUCAGGGAAAGUUCAACUGAAAACAGUAUGAAAUUUUUAUUUACUUAUAACUAUAAAAUUACAUGUCAUCUCAUAUAUCUCACAAAUAUGAAUUUAUAAGAAAAUAAAAAUAUGUAAAAUGACUUUUCAUUUGAUACUUAGUGGUUUGCUAAAGUUUCUUUGUGUAUCCAAUUAUUUCUCAAUCUUGUAAUUGCAUGCUUUUCUCAAGUCUCCUUGAAAAUGAAUCAUUGGCUUUAACUUUUUAGUUAAACAAAUGCAAACAUCCUGAAGUAGAAUGCAGGUCAAAUAUUUGCUUUUUGAGAAGCAUACUUCCAUCAAAUACAAGUGGAAUUCCUUUAAGCAGUCCUUAGAAAUUAUCUCUAAAAUUGUUGCCCUCAUAUUUUGUUGUCAGGACUAAGUUAAGUUGGAGUUAAAGUUAGCAUUCCACCAGUUCCUUAUGGCUUAGAGGUUAUUCUUAAUUCUAUGUUUUAAGAGUUCUAGUCAACAUAGCUUAUCUCUUUAAUGCAGAGGACACUCCUUUAUGGGCACAGGUGCCCAAAUGAGAAUUCUUUCCUUAAAUGAUCAAUGUAACUUCCUUUCCCUCUUCUAUUUGAUUUCUGGUAACAUUAACUCACCAAAGGUUCUCACGCAUUUGUAAUAAAACAGCAACAAGCUUCAAAGGAUUUUAAACACUCAGUAGUUGUGUGUUUCUUUGAUGCAAAGAAGAAAUACUGGAUUGAACUGACUUUUCAAACAUUACUUACUUAUAGGACUUGAAUAAAGGCACAAGGACAGUUGAAAGGACUGCUAUACGAGAAGGUUGAGCUUGUCAGUCUCUUUUGGUCACAUCUCUAUGCUGAAUAAGAAUGAGUGGUAGGAUGAACUCGUAGCCUCUGCUGAGAAGGACUUGGCUAUGGACCAUCUUGGUAAAGGCCAUUUUCUUCUCCUUUAUGCACAGCUGCCAGUUUCACGUCUCACCACACUUUGACUAUGGGCAUAAUGAGAGCAUAGCAGAGUAUUUAGCAAUGAGGAUCUUUACAUAUGCCACUCUUAUUUUAAACAAGAAAUAUGAUUUAAUCAUUUCCAUCUUUUAUCUUUCUGGGGUUCUCACUCUUAGACACAAACCUCUAAAAUUUAAUUGAGAAGUUUAACAAUGUUAAGUAGUAAAAAAUAACUGUCUUUUUGAGAACUCUGACUUCUAGAAGCUAUCAACAUCACAAUAAAAUUCUCAACCAGAAUAAAAUGACUAAGUGGUUUGUUGGAUUAGUAGAACUAUGUUUUGUUGAGGGGCUCUAAUAUGUGGAUAGUAAAUUUUUCAAGGACUAUCUACAUUCAAAUAUUUGUCACUAUUUUGUCAAAACAGGACAUUUUUAUACCUCAUCUUACACCAGUAUUCUGGUUAUGUGAAAAAAAUUUUAAAUGACCAGACCAAAUACGGGGAAAUAAGUAAGAUAUUUUAUCUCUAUCCAGUGGUAGUCAUAGAGCUUUUAAAAUAUUUUGUUUUACAGAGAUGAAUGUUAAUCUCUUUUAUAUAUGAAUAAAGUAAAAUGCUAACAAUACAGAACUAGUGAAAAUAUAGGAGGUGAAUAUACUUACGUCCUUUAUGAUAGCAGGCUAUUCUUUUGUGUGUCCAUUGGUUCUGGAAACUGGAAUUCACAAUGAGGACCACCUUUUGGUGUUAACUUGUCUUAAGUAGUUCCUUGCCAGGCACCUCCUCAGUUGUGAAUCUCUGAAGAGAUCAGCUAAAAGGAUUACUGUUAUUCAAUUGAUUAACCAUGGUUGCUUUUAUAUUAUAUAUAUAUAUAUAUGUGUGUGUGUGUAUAUAUAUAUAUAUAAAUUUUAUAAUAAAAAUAUUGUCAGCACAAUUUAAUUUCCAUCAUUUGAAACAUGUUUGAUCAAUAAUCUACUGUGUGUACCACAGGACUCAAACUUUAAAAAUUAUAAAUUGGAUUUUAAUAAAGCUUCCAACAUAGCUUGGAAUGGGAAUGUAUUUUGAAAUAAAUUGUUCUAUUGUUGUUUGCUAAAAUCUUACUAAACAAAUAGCUAUUAUAAAAGUUCAACAUUUUUAUUUUAUAUCAUUUUAAUAUGUGGCAAAUUAUACAUUAGAUAUUGGUUUUUCAAAAACUAAAAAAUACAUUGUGCAAAAUGUUAAUAAAAAUCUCCCCAUGUCGUUUUCUACUAUAUCCAAUGCUUGUAAAUUGCCAAAAAAUAAAGUAAGAUGUCAGUAACAGUAAAGGAUUGUGGAAUCAUUUUGAUUUGGCUGUAAUGUCUAUAAGAUCUUACUUUACAGUAGCCUGCAAUAUCUAAUUAAAUUAUUUCUCUGGA